GGACCGUAAUAGCAGCGCACUUUUUCUAGUAUCAGAAAUAGCUACAUUCGCAAGCUUUUCGUGAUCUAGCACUAGCAUUUCAACUGUCCAAUGAUCGCAAAAGGGCUCCUCUAUGCCGUUAUAUAACACAAGGCCCUUUACGAGAUUCCUAUGUUGUGACUAUGACUAAUAAAAAUUGGGGUCCUUACAUGAUCUUGCAAAUAGUCUUUACCAUAAAGAAUGAGAGCGAGUCCAGAAGCCAGACAAAUUGCAGUACGUUUUUUUUUUUCCUUUUUCAGGCCCGUUUCAGAACAGCAAGUAAAAGGAACGGACGUCACAACCACUGUGAAUCAAUUACUAUGGAUGACGAAGCCCAGCCCAAUCACAACAAACCUGACUACGACGCGAAUGAGUACUCGGAGAACGUCUCCUGUUGUUUCCCCACAAUAACUAAAUUGCUAAAUUAUUACAACUUGACGUUCGACAAUGCGACAGACAGCGGCAUCGGGCAAGAAAGCGUGAGUCCAUGUGGCCCAUUGCAAAUUCUCGACGUGGGCUCUGGUUGCGGUCAAGUGACCAUGAAGAUCCUGCUGCCCAAUGUUCCAGAGAAUGUAGCGAGAAUUGUAGGGGUUGACGUGUGCGCAAACAUGGUUUCAUACGCCCGUGAGCACUCAUCUCAUCCAAAGCUAGCCUACGAACAGCUGGACAUCACAGGAGAUGUCUCCGAGUUCCUCGGCCAGUACGGACAUUUCGAUCGCCUCUACAGCUUCAACAGUCUUAACCGCGUGAAAGACCAGCCCAAGGCAUGGCGCAACAUGGCGAAGUUAUUGAAGCCUGGAGGAGAGUGUCUUCUGUUUUACGCCGCUUGGUACGCUACACCGGAAAUUUGGAGGGCAUUGGCCAGAAAGGAACGCUGGAGCAGAUUUACGGAGGUGUGGGAAGGCCUCAUUCCGCCGUCACAGGAUAUGGGGAGCACUGAAGAAAGGCUCGACCACGUCCGAUCACUGGCGAAGAACGUUGGGCUGGAAUUGAGGAGCUGCGAGAUGGCUCACAUCCAUCUCCCCUUACAAGAAUGGUCCGGAAUGCUUGCUGCAUUGAUACCAGGAAAUAACACUCUGACUGCUGAAGAAAGGCACGUCUUGUUCCAAGACACUAACGAAGAAUUUGAGAAGUGGCUACGAGGGCGCAAAAAUCCCCUCUUAGCUGACAACUAUGUAAUCCACGGGAUAAAGCCGAUGAAACGGCACACGUAAAUAUAGUACGACAAUUAUGACAGACAUAAUUUUAUUUGUACAGUGACCGUCAUUUGAAGGCAAUGUUACUCAAGCGCACUUUUUUGUCACUGUUCAUCUUCCUAAUUGCAAAACGUAACAACGUUCUGAAAUGUCCUUCAGUGUACGCAAUAAAGAAAGCAUUUUA